AUGGACAACAGAAAGAGGCCAGCAGCUUCCUCCAACUCUGGGAACUUUGUUUUCUGUUCCUCAUCAUUCCGGCGGCAACCAGCCAGGGUCCUGAUCGUGGAGGCACUGCCUCCAUGUUGGUCAGAGACCUGUACGGUGCUCUGUGAUGCUCUGGAUAACUUCUUGUCCCUGGCCUGUAGUCUGGAUGGACCAUGUAGGAUACCGCUAUUCAGUCUGUACGCCAUCAGCCGGCAGCAGGAAUGCCUACUGCCAUUUGUGGUUCGUGGUAAUUUGGCCAGGCUGCACUCCUGUGUGGAGGAGCUGAGGUCUAUUCCAGGUGAAGGCUGUGUCAGGGGAGCAGCCAGAGGAGGCGAGCUGCUGCGUCAGGCAGUGCUGGACAGUCUACAACAGUUUAAACAGUACAUCAGGCAUACCAGCACUGGAAACCAGGUCAACAGCAACAACACAUCUGUGGAGGUUACUGUGGUGACCAGCCAGCCAGGGAAGGGCAUUGUCCAUCAUUUAGAGACAGGUCUCAAAGAUGCUGACCUGGUGCCACUAAAGCGGCUCCUGGUUGUACAGAUCGGCACUGCAGGAGACUGGGGCCAGGACACUCCCUCACCUGAAGCCACAUACACUGAGACUGAAGAGUGUCUGAUGUUGGGGACGGAGGUCGACCUGCAGCGGGUGGAAAACAGUGUGGCUGCCAUGGAAACGGUGUUAAAGGCAUGGCUUCAAGAGCAGGGAGGAGACAGAGAGCACCUCCACCUGCUGCUGCCGAGCCCCACAGACAGUCUCAUUCCAGUGUGUGUGAAGUGUGACAUGCAGGAGCGUCUAAUAAGCCCCGCCCUCCUUCCCCUGACCCCUAACCUGGGAGUGAAGACUGAGAGCGCCCUGGACUUCCUGCCUGUCACUAAGGUCUCAGCCAAUCAGAGCCCAGCACCACAGAGACUGAAAGUGAUCAAGGUUCUGCACGCAGAUGGAGUGUGUGAGAGUGUGUUGUACGGCCUGCCAUUGGUGAUCCGCCCCACCACCUGCUGGCAGCUGGACUGGGAUGAAAUGGAGGCCAACCACAACUUGUUCCACGCGCUCUGUCACAUUCUCAGGAGUCGUGACUUGUUCCUGCUGCUGCAGGUGGAGCCUGCCCAGAGGUCCACAGCUGGAGGCUCAGCCGUCCCCGUCUCUCUCCCUCCUUCUGAAGCCUGUGGUCUCUAGAGAGUUGCUGCUGCCCUGCUCGCUGCCCAUCUCAACCCAGGACCCUGCACCUGACGCCGUGCAGACUGUACAGGUAAGGUAACCUUUGUUUUGCAGACAUUAAAAUGCGCUGGUUUGGUUGAUGACUGUGUGUUCUCCGUCUCUCAGGGUUGUCUCACUCAGCUGGACGAGGAGUUUGUGUUCAACCCUCUCUCUCUGUGCAGUAACCUGUACCGGCACCUCAGGAGCAGAGGCCUGUUCUCACAGCCACGAUACCCUUACAGCCAGCAGCUGUCGUCAGAGACCAUCCUCAACCACCAGAGGGCACUAAAACAACAGGCGGCAGACAGCCCACAAAGCCAGGGUCGCCAUCUGGGAACACACAGCAAGGUCAGGGCCACCGUGGCUCCGAUGCCCUCUUCCUCCUCCCACCCCUCCUCCUCUUCCUCCUCUCUGGGACCUCCUCCUGCCAAGGCCUCGCGUCCGGCUCUGACGCUCCUCAGCAGCAGCAGUGGAAGCCGCCGGGCCCCGGCCCCUUCUCGUCACGAGGAAGACGACGAUGACUCCAUGGUUUUAUAG